AUGGGUCAGCAUUGGGGUAACAGCUGGGGACCAGCUGUGCUGCUGCACUGCGUUAUUCUUCAGGUGGGAAAGAGGCAAUCUUUUAGCAGUAACGUUGCCUGCGAUAAUGUGAAGGGUUCACUGGCAGACUCAAAGUUAUGUAAGAAGGAUAAAUACGAAGCUCUGUUUGUACUUAUAACUGAUUUUCUUUUUUUUUUUCUAAACAGGAAUGAACAUCUGCACAGAUGCUCUCAGUGCAAGGUUGCUAAAUACUGUGGUAAAUCUUGUCAGAAAGAAGCUUGGCUGGACCACAAGCAAGAAUGCAGGUGUCUUAAGAGCAUCGAGCCUAAUUUUCCUCCAGACUCUGUCAGACUUGCUGGCAGGAUUGUUUUUAAACUACUUAGACAAUCAGUAUGCCUUUCUGAGAGACUCUACUCUUUUUCUGAUCUGCAGUCAAAUAUUGAACAGUUAAGUGAAGAAAUGAAAGACGGCCUCAGGCACCUUGCACAGACAUUGAAACUGUAUUUGAAAACUGAGAUCCAGGAUGCGUCUUGCUUGCCACCUGCAAUUGACUUUUUUCAGAUCUUCACAAAAGUGACCUGUAACUGUUUCACCAUCAGUAAUGGAGAGAUGCAGGAUGUUGGUGUUGGCCUGUAUCCCAGCAUGUCUUUACUGAACCACAGCUGUGACCCAAACUGCGUGAUCGUUUUUGAAGGAUACCAGCUUUUACUUCGCUCUGUCCGAGAGAUCCAGAUUGGUGAAGAGCUCACAAUCAGCUAUAUUGAAUCAUUGAUGCCCACGAGCGAACGCCAAAAACAACUGAUGCGCCAGUAUUGCUUUGAAUGUGACUGUCCUCUCUGCCAGAAUCAAGAAAAGGAUGCUGAGAAAUUGGCUGGUGAAGAGUGUGCUUGGAAAGAAGUCAAAGAUGCUGUAAAUGAAGUGAGAUAUCCAAAAUCAAAAGAAGAGUGGGAGCAGGUUCUGGCAAGAUGCCAGAAUCUCUUGAGCUGCAACAUGGGUCGUCUUCCAGACACAAAUAUCUAUCACCUGAAAAUGCUUGACUGUGCCAUGGAUGCCUGUAUUAACCUUGAAUCCUGGGAAGAAGCUUUGUAUUAUGGAAGCAGGACUCUGGGACCAUACAGACUGUAUUAUCCUGGUUUCCAUCCGCUGAGGGCUGUCCAGCUGAUGCGAGUGGGCAAACUGCAGUACAGUCAAGAUAUGUUUCCUCAAGCGCUGGAGACUUUGAAACAGGCCUAUGACAUUAUGAAGGUGACCCACGGGACAGAUCACAGCCUGAUGCAAGCCUUGAUGGAGAUAAAGGAACAGUGUGAGGCCAUCAUGAGAACGCACUGAAGAAAACCUCCAGUCGGUAAAACAAAGCAUUCAAGGAGAAAG